UAAAUACAAUUCUUUAGGGAAAAUGAACAGAUAUUCAUUCAGAAUGUUGAUUUGUCAGGAGUAAGGGUAGCCAGAGGAAAGAGAAAGUAGAGAGGUGACUUUCUAUACCCUGGACGUGUGGGUGUUAUUUUCUUUGGAGCUGCGAGCUAAGAUUUCUUUUAAGCCAUGCAAAUCGUAAAGUUCUGAUUUGUCAACUGCAUGCUGUUUCUUUAGGCACUGAUGUAUGAAAUCCCGAACGAAUUCUCCAAUGAACAUACUGCUAAUUGCUUCUCCACCUGCUCUCCAACCUCCCCCACCCCACCCCCUUCACUCCCAAUUCAGCCUAUAAGUGUCCGUCAUUGGAGAUGGAUGGUGACACAUGCAGUAAUAGCAAUUCAUAAAAGGCAGUUCCAGCCCUUGUCUUCAAGGCUCCUGGAUUUUCCACUGCCUGCUUUUGUGUAAGUGAAGUGGAUGGAAGUGCUACUGGCAUCAGAAUCCACCUCCCCGUGCUCCGUUGCUGGAGCUCAGUUGCUCGGCUGGAGCUGAGCUUAACAGAAGCAUCGGAUCUGAGCUGAAUCCUGGCUGUGUUUUUUUUUCCAUCAAUGGGGGGGCGGCUUAGGGAUAGUGUGUAGUGGGGGCUUAGGGUGUUUUGGCUUUUCUUUUUGAGGAGAGAAGCGGGUCAGGAGAGAAUAACUCACGGUAGGAUACAACGUGAAACAGUUCCCUGAAGAGUGUCAUAAUGUUCCUGGUACAAUAUACAGGAUUGAACCAGCUGCCCUUUGACCCUGCCAACAACAACGAACCCCUGCAAUUUGGUAGUGCCAGUGGCCCUCUGGUCGCAGAUGGCCUCAUUGAGAAUGGAGGGGAAUCAAGCAAGAAAAGAAAGAGAACAAAUACUCCUUCAGAGUACCCAGCCUUGAAUAUUUUGUCAUUACGACACGAAAUGGACGGAAACAACCUCAACAUUUUUGAAGUUAAUAUGCUUCAGGCAGUUUUUGAAGGACAGUUCUUAAUGUAUUUGUGUACAGAAAACUCAGCUGAUAAUACUAGACCUCUGAAUGUGGAUUCCACUGCAAUGACACUGCCUGUGUCUGAUCCAACUGCAUGGGCCACAGCAAUGAAUAAUCUUGGAAUGGCUCCACUGGGAAUUGCUGGACAACCAAUUUUACCUGACUUCGAUCCUGCCCUUGGAAUGAUGACUGGAAUACCGCCAAUAACUCCAAUGAUGCCUGGUUUGGGAAUAGUGCCUCCACCAAUUCCUCCAGAUAUGCCUGUAGUAAAAGAGAUCAUACACUGCAAAAGCUGCACUCUCUUCCCUCCCAACCCAAAUCUCCCACCACCUGCAACACGAGAGAGACCACCAGGAUGUAAGACAGUAUUUGUGGGUGGCCUACCUGAAAAUGGGACAGAACAGAUCAUUGUGGAAGUGUUUGAGCAGUGUGGAGAGAUCAUUGCUAUCCGGAAGAGCAAAAAGAACUUCUGUCACAUUCGCUUUGCUGAGGAGUAUAUGGUGGACAAAGCCCUUUACCUGUCUGGUUACCGAAUACGCCUGGGCUCUAGCACUGACAAGAAGGACACAGGCCGGCUUCAUGUUGACUUUGCCCAGGCUCGGGAUGACUUGUAUGAGUGGGAGUGUAAACAGCGUAUGCUGGCAAGAGAGGAGCGGCACCGUAGAAGGAUGGAAGAAGAAAGACUGCGUCCACCAUCCCCACCCCCAGUGGUCCACUAUUCAGAUCAUGAAUGCAGCAUUGUCGCUGAAAAACUGAAAGAUGAUUCCAAAUUCUCAGAAGCUGUGCAGACCUUGCUCACCUGGAUAGAGAGAGGAGAAGUGAACCGCCGCAGUGCCAACCACUUCUAUUCCAUGAUCCAGUCAGCCAACAGCCAUGUCCGCCGCCUGGUGAAUGAGAAAGCAGCCCAUGAGAAAGAGAUGGAAGAAGCAAAAGAGAAGUUCAAGCAGGCCCUUUCUGGAAUUCUUAUUCAAUUUGAGCAGAUAGUAGCUGUGUACCAUUCUGCUUCCAAACAGAAGGCAUGGGACCACUUCACUAAAGCCCAGCGUAAAAACAUCAGUGUUUGGUGCAAACAAGCUGAGGAAAUUCGCAACAUUCAUAAUGAUGAAUUAAUGGGCAUCAGGAGAGAAGAAGAAAUGGAAAUGUCUGAUGAUGAAAUAGAAGAAACAACAGAAACAAAAGAAACGGAGGAGUCAGCCUUAGUAUCACAGGCAGAAGCUCUGAAGGAGGAAAAUGACAGCCUCCGUUGGCAGCUCGAUGCCUACCGGAAUGAGGUAGAACUGCUCAAGCAAGAACAAGGCAAAGCCCACCGGGAAGAUGACCCAAACAAGGAAGAGCAGCUGAAGCUUCUGCAGCAAGCCCUGCAGGGGAUGCAACAGCAUCUGCUCAAAGUCCAAGACGAGUACAAAAAGAAAGAAGCUGAACUUGAAAAAAUCAAAGAUGACAAGUUACAGGUGGAAAAAAUGUUGGAAAAUCUUCAAGAUAAGGAAAACUGUGCUUCUAGACUGUGUGCAUCAAGCCAGGAAAGUGAGUACCCUCUUGAGAAGACCAUGACCAGCAGUCCUAUCAAAUCUGAGCGUGAAGCGCUGCUAGUGGGGAUCAUCUCCACAUUCCUUCAUGUUCACCCAUUUGGAGCAAGCAUUGAAUACAUCUGUUCCUACUUACACCGUCUUGAUAAUAAGAUCUGCACUGGUGACGUGGAAUGUCUCAUGAGUAGACUCCAGCAUACCUUCAGACAGGAAAUGACGGGAGUUGGAGCCAGCCUAGAGAAGAGGUGGAAAUUCUGUGGUUUUGAGGGAUUAAAGCUGACCUGAAUCUCUUUGCCUAGCAAUUUGGGAUCCUGAAAAUAAAUGUGUGCUGGACAAGAUUAGGAUGUGAUUUUGUAUUCUCAGUGGUUUUCAAGUGGACAUUGUUUUCAAUUUUUCAGUUCAUUCCUGAAUAAAUUUCGAGUUAAAAUAAGGAUCCUAGAAGAACAGCACCUCAAGCUACAGGUCCUAAAAAGAAAAUUGCCUCAAACCUCAAGUGCUGUAAAUUUCUGGCAAUUGGUUGUCUUUCCUUAUACGUAGUAAUUGAAAAAUUCCUGAGGCUAAGGAGUAUUUGGAAUGUUUUCAGUGUCUGUACUACUGUUGUAGACCUUGUACUCUUUCAGCGCUGUUAACUGAAAUGUUUUGGUGAUUUGUGCGUGGUUUGUGUUUCCAGAUUUCUUGUCACAUGUUGCUACUUAUAAAAAGGAAUGAGAAGAGUGUUAGGAACUCUCUGUAACUGCCACUGUCUUUCUGAUCCACAGUAAACAGUAAAUGAGUAAUCCAUCAGUGUCUUCUACAAGGUGCUUCACCAGUUCACCUUUAAAACAAAACAGCAUGAACUGUGGCUUUUUGUAAACGUACUAUGAACCAAAAGUCAGCAAAUGUUCCACCGUUAUUUUCUUUAAUAGAUAAAAGUAUUUCAGAAUUUUAAAACAAGAAAUCUAGAUGCAUUCACAUAAAGUCUCCAGUGUGACAAUUGUGUUUGUGCUUUUCGGGACUACUUGUAAAUAGUCUGCUUUUAAGAGAGGGCAUGUUUAGUUUUCUAUGAAUCGAAAUGCAGUCAGGCGUGGGUACGUGUGCACAUAUUGGCAGAAGGGAUUUAUUUUAAUAGUUCCCUCUGGCCUUCUUACGGUCUUAGUCCCUCUCUUCCUGCUGUUGGUGUUGAAUUGCAAACUGUGUACUGCUGUAAAUACUGUUUAUUUCAUGCUGACUCGUUGUAAAGAACUGAUGUGAGUAUUGAACGUCAUGAUCUAAUGAAUAAAUAAUGAACAGUG